ACACAACACUAUUUUUCUCUUUAAAGGUUCAUCAUGAGGACUGAAGUUGCUCUCCAGCUGGGCUUCUGUAGCCUGUAUCUAACACUCACACUUCUUGGAGAAGGAAUGGGAGUGGAACUUCCUGAUCCACCAGCAGUGAAUUGUGUUUGGAGCCGCUGGUCAGAGUGGAGCUCCUGUGAUCCUUGCACGAAAAUAAGAAGGCGCUCUCGGAGCAUACAAGUGUUUGGCCAGUUUGGCGGUGAGUCCUGCCAGGGAUCACUGGGGGAUAGGGAGUCCUGUGUUACAGAUACUACAUGCGAGGUACUGCCUCCCCCUGAGUGCUCCGACUCAGAGUUCCAGUGCGAAUCAGGUUCAUGCAUCAAGAAGAGAUUAAUGUGCAACGGUGACUACGACUGUGAGGAUGGAUCAGAUGAGGACUGUGAUCCGAUUCGUAAAACCUGUUUGACGGCCGUGGAUAGCAAUGAGCAAGGCAGGACGGCAGGAUAUGGAAUCAACAUCUUAGGUGCAGAUCCUCGGAUGAAUCCCUUCAACAAUGAUUACUUCAAUGGGAGGUGUGAUCUAGUGAGGAACCCAAACACUGGGAAGGAUGACAGGCUUCCCUGGAACGUGGGUGUACUCAGUUAUCAGACUCUAGUGGAGGAAACCUCUUCUAGAGAAAUCUAUGAGAACACACACAGCCUCCUGAGGGAAAUGCUUAAAGAGAUGAGUGUUAAAGUUGAUGCUGGUCUUUCCUUCAAAUUCAGCCCAAGUGAGGAGUCUAUGUCUGAGUCUCCUUCAAAGGUGGAUUUGAGCUAUGAAUACGAGAAGAAAACAAUGAUAAAAGAGGUGUCGGAGUACUCCAACAUCAAGAACAAGAGCUUUAUGCGGGUGAAGGGCAGAGUGCAGCUGAGCACCUACAGGAUGCGCUCCCGUGACCUCGUAACCGCAGAUGAAUUCUUGGCACAUGUCAAAUCUCUGCCUGUGGAGUAUGAGAAGGGUAUUUACUUUGCCUUCCUGGAGGACUACGGAACUCACUACACCAAAAACGGAAAGACUGGUGGUGAAUAUGAGUUGGUCUAUAUCCUCAACCAGGACACCAUCAAAGCGAAAAAUCUGACAGAGAGAAAGAUUCAAAAAUGUGUCAAAAUGGGCAUCACAGCAAACUUUGGGGAGACUGGUUUGAAAGAUGGACACUUGAAACGUGACGACUGUGAUGAUGUCACAAACAAAAACAACGUUGAUGUUCAUGGAAAGGCAGUAGUGGACAAAGUAAUGACAUCAGUCAAAGGAGGAACACUAGAAAGUGCUGUUACUAUGAGGGCUAAACUGAAUACGGAAGGAGUGAUGGACAUCGCUACAUAUCAGAACUGGGCCCGGACCAUCGCUGACGCCCCUGCACUGCUCUCCAGUGAGCCGGAGGCCAUCCAUAUGUUGAUUCCAGUGGAUAUGCCAGGCGCCAACUCCAAGAUAUCCAACCUGAGGCAGGCUACAAUAGACUACGUGGCGGAGUACAAUGUGUGCAAGUGUAAGCCCUGUCACAACGGAGGCACUCUUGCUCUGCUGGAUGGGAAGUGUUUGUGCAUGUGCACUCACCUGUUUGAAGGCAUGGCCUGCCAGAAUUUCAAGGGUGAUAAAGCUGAACACCCAGGAACAAGACCUACCGUUAAUCAGGAGGGGAAUUGGUCGUGCUGGGCUAGCUGGUCCAGCUGCAACGGAGGGAAACGCACCAGGACACGCAGCUGCAACACAGAUGGGCUCCUUGGAGCUGUGUGCAGAGGAGACACAAGCAGUGAAGAACACUGCUAAGCAGAUACAUUUAUUUAACAAACAAACUAUCACCCUGUACACACAUAACCUUUCUGUAAAAUAUAAAAACCAAAAGAUUUAAAGUCAUAAACAGUGUUAUCUGUAAAUGCUUGGUAAGGAGAGCGGAGCCAUCUUGAGGUGGGUAAUAAAUAAUGCAGUUUAUCAAAUUAGUUUUUUAAUGUGUAUGUAUGACAUUUUUUUGUGAUUUAAAUAUAUGGAGUUUGGGUAUUCAGAUUCAAUUGUAAAUAUGUAAACAUAUGAAUUUCAUAGAAAAUAAACUCUGCAAAACUUAAAGGACCCAUUGUAUCCAAGCACACAUGUCUUCUGUAAUUUAUUGAAGUACAAAUGAAAUAAACUGAAUGGACAUCACAGCUACAAAACAAGUAUUAGGCAUAAUAUUUCUAUUAUUUUAUUAAAAAUGUGUUACCUCA